ACCGACGGCCAGAAAGCGAGCGGAAGUGACGUAAAGAGGCCGCCGGAGGUGUCGUUGGAGCGGCAGGGCCUACUAGCGGAGCGGGGCCUGAAAGCCGAUCCGGGCUUGCGCGGGAAAAGAUAUCGCAAUGUCGAUCGAAAUCGAGUCCUCGGAUGUGAUCCGACUCAUCAUGCAGUACCUGAAGGAGAACAGUUUACAUCGGGCAUUAGCCACCUUACAGGAGGAGACUACUGUGUCUUUGAAUACCGUGGAUAGCAUUGAGAGUUUUGUGGCUGAUAUUAAUAGUGGCCAUUGGGAUACUGUUUUACAGGCUAUACAGUCUCUGAAAUUGCCAGACAAAACUCUCAUUGACCUGUAUGAACAGGUGGUUCUGGAAUUGAUAGAACUUCGUGAAUUGGGUGCUGCCAGAUCACUUUUGAGACAGACUGACCCCAUGAUCAUGUUAAAACAAACACAACCAGAACGGUAUAUUCAUCUGGAGAACCUGUUGGCCAGGUCUUAUUUUGAUCCCCGUGAGGCAUACCCAGAUGGAAGUAGUAAAGAAAAGAGAAGAGCAGCAAUUGCCCAGGCCUUAGCUGGGGAAGUCAGUGUAGUCCCUCCAUCUCGUCUUAUGGCAUUGCUGGGACAGGCACUGAAGUGGCAGCAGCACCAGGGAUUGCUUCCCCCUGGCAUGACCAUAGAUUUGUUCCGAGGUAAAGCAGCUGUCAAAGAUGUGGAAGAAGAAAAGUUUCCUACGCAGCUGAGCAGGCAUAUUAAGUUUGGUCAGAAAUCACAUGUGGAGUGUGCUCGAUUUUCUCCAGAUGGUCAGUAUCUGGUCACUGGGUCUGUUGAUGGAUUCAUUGAAGUAUGGAACUUUACGACUGGAAAAAUCAGGAAGGAUCUUAAGUAUCAAGCCCAGGAUAACUUUAUGAUGAUGGAUGAUGCUGUCCUCUGCAUGUGUUUCAGCAGAGAUACUGAAAUGUUAGCAACAGGAGCCCAAGAUGGAAAAAUCAAGGUAUGGAAGAUUCAGAGUGGACAGUGUUUACGGAGAUUUGAAAGGGCACACAGUAAAGGUGUCACCUGUCUCAGCUUUUCUAAGGAUAGCAGUCAGAUCCUUAGUGCCUCAUUUGACCAGACUAUUAGAAUUCAUGGAUUAAAAUCUGGAAAAACUCUGAAAGAAUUUCGUGGCCAUUCCUCCUUUGUUAAUGAAGCAACAUUUACACAAGAUGGACAUUAUAUUAUUAGUGCAUCCUCUGAUGGCACUGUGAAGGUUUGGAAUAUGAAGACCACAGAGUGUUCAAAUACCUUUAAAUCCCUGGGCAGCACUGCAGGGACAGACAUCACUGUCAACAGUGUGAUCCUGCUUCCCAAAAACCCAGAGCACUUUGUAGUGUGCAACAGAUCAAACACGGUGGUCAUCAUGAACAUGCAGGGGCAGAUUGUCAGAAGCUUCAGCUCUGGUAAGAGAGAAGGUGGUGACUUUGUUUGCUGCGCCCUCUCUCCCCGUGGUGAAUGGAUCUACUGUGUGGGGGAAGACUUUGUGCUCUAUUGUUUCAGCACGGUCACUGGCAAACUGGAGAGAACUUUGACAGUUCACGAGAAAGAUGUGAUUGGUAUUGCACAUCACCCGCAUCAGAACCUGAUUGCUACCUACAGUGAGGAUGGACUAUUGAAGCUCUGGAAACCCUAAAUUAAUUUUUUUUGUAAACUAGCGUGAGACCCUGCACUUAAAUGAAGACAUAUUCAUGUGUUGGUCUUUUUUUUUUUUGACCAGCUUUUCCAAAGAAACAAAUCAUCUGAGUUAGCCACAAAAAUAGUUUUUGAAAAUUCACAUUUAAGUAACAGCUAUUCUUUUUUUUUUUUUUUUUUUUUUUUUUAUUUUUUAAGGUAUUAGUUUAUCUACUUCAUUUAAAUGGGGUGAUCAGUUAAUGUUUUUUAUAAUCUACCUGGAGAGUGAAAUAUUGGUAUUUCUAGAAAAAUUAUGAUUGUUUGAAGUGCUGAUUAAAAUGUACCUCCCACAGUAAAACUUGUAAAUAAGGAACUAUCCCAUAUUUAGUAGUCAUUUUCUGUUCCUUUAAAAACAUUUUUUUUUAGAUACUAAUAAACUAUACUCCUUCUGCA